UGCACGGUGAGUGUGCGUCGCGCGUUACCGCGGAUGAACGUGUUGCUUUUGCGAGGUCGCGACCUGUCGCGAUAAUACAAGUGCGUUCUCGAGGUCUCUCUCUGUGGGCGUUUUCGUUUGUUGUGCUUGUGCUGUGGAUAGUAUACAUCGGGCUUGCCGUGAGAGCGCGCGUCUCUUCUUCCUCUUCGGCGUGAAUCCUCGCGUGAACUCCGCCGAUGAACAACGCCACACGAUGAACGGCGAAGUGAGAGUGAAAACGCGGCCACGCUCGGCCGGCUCGCCGACUGCGUGAAUCAUCGCGCGCCAGCCAGCACCGGGUAGAGCCCACGCAGUGCUCACGACGCGUCCCUUUCUCGUGUGCGCUCCCGCCGUGUUGAUUCGCGGUCUCUGUCUUUUCCGAGCACAAGAGAGCAACCCUCGUACACCCACGCAUCUUCGGCGAAGGUACUACAUACGAGACAUCUCGACUUUUCGGAGAUCUCGAGUGCCGCCGGGUGUUCUCGUCGGGUCGCAACGCGGCGAUUCUUCGACGCGGCCGAGAGAACGUUCGUCCGCCCGAGACUCGGCCUUCUCGAGAACGAAUUCAGGGAGUAGUGGUACAAGGAAGUCGAUUCCGCGCGUAAAGACAAAGGUGCUCUUUGUCCGAUGCUUCCGAAAAGACGAGAAACUUUCGGGCGGUCGUGCAAUCUGUGACUCUGGUUGGUGGAACACUUCUCAUUCAGGUAUAAGUCUCGGUAUAAUUUCCGCCGAAGUCCAAACUUGGCCGAACUCACGGUUGAACAAGCCCCCUUUCGAAUCCGUGGCGGUCCCCGCCCGGCGUCAGAGGAGAGUGUGAGCGAGCGUCGUCGUUGUCGUCGUCGUGAUCGCGCGUCGUGAACCGAAAUUCCCGUCCCUCGGCGGAGAUAUGUCGACGGAGAACCAGCAGAACGGGACCGUGGGCGGCGCGCAGAGCAACGGCAUCAAGUCGUCCUCGUCGUCGUCGUCGGCGUCCUCGGUGGCGUCGUCGGGCGUCUCGCCGUCCGGUCGUACCGCCGGUCUGCAGAACAACUCGUCCUUCCUGUACAGUAGCAGCACGAUGCUGAACCGCGAGAAGGCGCGUCAGGUGCCGCCGCCGACCCUGCCCAAGUAUACAUCGAGCUUCAACGCCGGUUCAAACGGCGGUGCCGGCGGCGGCGGCGGCACCGCUGAGCGGCUCAGCAGAGAUCGCGAAGCCGGCGGCAGCUAUAGGCUCGCCAGCCUGGACAGGCUCGCCCUGAGACAGAGGAUACUGGACGGGGAGAAGGCGAACGGAGAAUCCAUCUCGAUCCAGGCGAAGCGCGAGCUGUUCUUCAAAGGCGACGGCGCGUCGAUAAUCUCGUCGCCGUCGGUGCCGUCGGUGCCGCCACCACAGCCACCGUCGCAGGCCCCGAAUUCAGCCACGAACACAUCGUCGUCGGCGAGUUUCACGACGGGUAGUCUCACGUCGCCGAACACAGCGCCGACGCCACCCUCGUCAGCCUCAUCUGGUUACUCCAGCAGCGCCGUGACGCCUUCGGUCGGCCUAGGGUCGAACGCGAAGCCACGGUUGCCGUCCGCGGCAACGAUCCCGAACGACGCUUCCGAGGAUAGCAAUAGACGCGAGUCCGCUCGGACCACUUCCAAGGAAGACAGCAACAAGGAGACUAGUCUGCUGCAUCAUUCGCGACCCACACCACCCACCAAGCCUAAAGAACUUGACGGCUACGUUGGCUUCGCCAAUCUACCUAACCAGGUCUACAGGAAGGCCGUGAAGAAGGGCUUCGAGUUUACACUCAUGGUCGUAGGGGAGUCGGGGCUCGGCAAGUCCACCUUGAUCAACUCCAUGUUCCUGGCGGAUAUAUACAAUAGCGCCGAAUACCCCGGACCCAGCCACAGGGUGAAGAAGACGGUCGCCGUGGAAACCAGCAAAGUGCUGCUGAAGGAGAACGGCGUCAACCUCACACUCACAGUAGUCGACACUCCCGGAUUCGGCGACGCUGUCGACAACAGCAACUGUUGGGUGCCGGUCAUCGACUACAUCGAGUCGAAGUACGAGGAAUUUCUCAACGCGGAGUCCCGCGUAACGAGACGGCAGAUUCCAGAUAGUCGAGUGCACUGCUGUCUCUAUUUCGUCGCGCCUGCGGGCCACGGACUGAAGCCACUUGAUGUGGAGUUUAUGCAGCGCCUCCACGACAAAGUCAACAUCAUACCCGUUAUCGCCAAAGCGGACACUAUGACGCCGGAUGAGUGCGCGCACUUCAAGAAACAGAUCUUGAACGAGAUCGCACAACACAAGAUCAAGAUCUACGAGUUUCCGGAGGUCGAAGAGGAGGAAGAGAACAAACUCCACAAGGUGUUGAGGGACCGAGUGCCGUUCGCGGUUGUGGGAGCGAACACUGUCGUUGAGCACGACGGCAAGAAAGUGCGGGGCAGGAAGUAUCCCUGGGGAGUUGCGGAAGUCGAGAAUCUGGAUCACUGCGAUUUCAUAGCCCUUCGAAACAUGGUAGUGAGGACGCACGUGCAGGAUUUGAAGGACGUGACGAACAAUGUUCACUACGAGAACUUCCGAUGUCGCACGUUAGCCGGCCUGGGUGUCGACGGCAAGCCGACGAAGGCCUCGAAUAAUUUGUGCCCUCCAGGAGUGAUGAACAGUUUCAUGACGGUGUGGAACCCGUUGGCGCAGUUAGAGGAAGAGAAGAGAGAACACGAUAACAAAAUGAAGAAGAUGGAGACGGAAAUGGAGCAGGUGUUCGAAAUGAAGGUUCGCGAGAAGAAGCAGAAACUGAAGGAAUCCGAAGCGGAUUUGCAGAGAAGGCACGAGCAAAUGCGGCGUUCGUUGGAGCAGCAGGUGCGAGAGCUGGAGGAGAAGCGACGGGCGUUCGAGGCGGAGAAGACUGCUUGGGAGCAGCAGACCGGCCACAGUAUUGAAGAAUUACGUAGACGCAGUUUAGAAGCAAAUUCAAAAGAGACGGGAUCGGUGUCCUCCGAGGGAUCCGGUGGCGGGAGUACGUUGAGGGGGUCCCGAGGGAUAGGCAGCCUUCUUCGCCGUCACACCAGUUUCAAAUCACCUCAAGACAGCCCCACACAGAUACAGCUUGUCAUACAGCAUCCUGAGCACCCCUAAUAGACUUGUCGGACCCGCGAGACUCCUGCGCCGAGGUCGCGAAUUUUCCACUCUUGACGCGAUCUCCAACCCUCGCUCAGACGAUCUUGGUCUUUUCUUCUACGCUCAGAUACGGGAAAAAUCCUAACAGAGAGUAGCGGAUCGAGCGUGAGAAUGGAAAAAAUCAAAAUGUCUCCUUCCGAGAUCAAUCGAGAACAAUCAAAUCAGAUAAUAGCCGAUCAAAAGAGAAAGAGAGAGAGAGAGAGAGAGAGAGAGAGAGAGAAAUAUUUUACGUGAAAGCGCAUGUUACAAACACACGACCUCGAUCGCCUGAGGAAAGGUUAAAAAAAAAGGAGUCUUUUGUGCUUGUUGACGGGAGUAAGUGCCGCCUGUCUGAAUUUUAUUCUUUACCCUUUCUCCUCAAGUUCCAGAUCUUCGGCGAUUUUGUUUUUUCGCCGAUUCUUUUGGACAUGUACCAAUAUCUGAUCGUCGGACGUGAUGACGGACAGAUUCCGCGACUGUGUGAAGUAAUUUGAGAACGGAACGCGUUGCCGACACUAUCAUCACAUCGCACGGGCGGCACUCACUCGCAUCGACACGUGUGCGUUACAACUCGUUUAACCCGAGUUCGAUACAUAUCGUAAUCCAAAGCGACUGUAUAUUUCUAACGAGAAGUGUCCGUCGUACGCCAUAAAAAGAGAAAAGGAAAGGGAUAAUAUCGCGUUCACGCGUUUCGGCACAUGUGCGAUAUCCGGCGCGGUAAAUCCAUUCCAGCGAUUUUACAAUCGAUCGUGUCUCGUCUUUGUAUUCAUACUCACUUCACGCAUUGUUUCUCGUUCGUUUUUAUAGGUAUCGAUUCCGUUAGAAUCACAUGCAUUUCGGGACUGCAUGCAAGUGUAACAAUACACCUCUUAAAGUUCAAUCAAAGCCGAGUGAGAGAGAAUCGAUGUACAUAAGGGACGAGUGUCGUGAAAGAUACGGGAUUCGAUGACGAACAGCUGAACAAAGUUGUCUGUCUUUCACGACUUUUGCGUUCAAUUCAGUCGUUUUAAAUUGAAGGACUAUUCAGCGUGCGGCGUUUACAGCCGAAUUGAGAAACUGAAUACGAAAUAACGCUUUAGAAUGUUCUUUUAGAGUAUCUCUUUACAGAUACAAAUUCAAUGACGAAAGUUUUGCUCUGGAUUAAAAAUUUUCCUCGUGUUUGAUUUAAAGAUGUCUUAUUGUCUAACAAGAACAUUAGAGAUUAUAAACCGGUGAAGGGUUCUUCAACGAGUCGAAAGAAUGUGAGUUAAGAGAGAGAGCUGUACUAUUUAAAUUUCUCCAAGUAAAAUCUCAUUGAAAACGAAUGAAAAUCCAACAGAACAAAUUUGUUCUUGCGAGACGAUGGAGUACGUUGGAUUUUUACUCUUCAAAGUAUUCAAUUGAUUAUUCAGAGUGAAAAUUUUGUGUGAUGUAAUGUGAUUGUAACUUUACUUCUCGAGUGGAACUCUCGCUCGGGGAAAUUCAAAGAACAGAUAGUCCCGGGCUUUGUUCUCUCAUUAAGCGUAAACAUUCUCAAUCUCUGAUCCUGUACGAACGACACUCGUUAUCCCCGCCUCUUUUUCCAGAACGCCCUGUCUUAACAACGCAAAUUUCUUCGGUGAAGUCACGCGUUUCUCCGGUUCAUAGUUCACAGCGAAGAGUGACGCGCGUCCCAUGAAGGAAAACGCGACUCAUCGCAUAUCCCCGUUCCGCGCGAAUCUCUCGUGUGCGUUCGUCUUCGUUUCUCGUCUUCACUUUCUUUUCGCCGUAAUACGCGUCGCGUUAAGCCCGCAUUACGCUGGGUAAUUGAGAUUGAGGAUUGCAGAUUAGAGAUUCAAAUCGGGCGAUUAAGUAAUCUCGGUCGUGAUUCGCUUUGUCCCGAUAAUUCCGAUCUUCAAUCUGCGAUCCUAAAUUUCCAAUACUCAGUCCGAUAUCGACGUUAUACGACGUACAAACACACACGUAGAAUAUCUCGACGUGGCAACGUUAGGAAACGGGAUAUAUAAAUCACAGUGAGAAAAAAAGAUACAUGUAGACACGAUAUUUCACACCGUAUUGAGUAUUAUAGCUUAUAUGUACAAUUUAGCAACGUAUUUUUGGCACGGACUUUGAUAAAACGAGAGAGAGAAAGAGAGAGAGAGAGAGAGAGAGAGAGAGAGAGAGAUAACGAUGUAACACGGGCAACACAGCGAAAGUCGCGUACAAAAGUCGUUUUUUUACCUCGUCGUAAACGUCGUUUUUGUACUCUCGCCGUAUGUAAAACGUGCGUUUUACAUACUCCUCGGACCUCUCAACCCUUUACCGCGUGCGCCACGUGCCAUAAUCGGUCACAGCCUUGCGCUUAUCUCGUCGAUAAAGUGCCACGAGCUAUGCCGCAUUAUUUCUUAUUUACAUUCAUCACAAUUGAACUAAUAAGCACAUCGCAUUCUUGUGGGACGAAGAAGCCGCUUUUUAUCCGUCUCUGAGCUCUCCUCCUCUCAUGCGUGUGUGAUGAUGUCAGCAAUGGCUAACGCAGCUUUAUCGUUUUGUCUGUUAGCUGAACUGUGUAUUUUGUACUGGGAUGAUACGUAAAAUCGACGUUUCCGAUUUCACUGUUCUUCGACUGACUGCGUGUCGCGCGAUAACGAAUUGGAAGCAUACGCGGAAUUAAUCG